AACUAUUAUAAGUUAAUUUUGAAAAAGAGUGCAGCUUUAACCGCCAUUCUUUUGUUUUCUAAACUAGGUGUAUGCUUUCAAAUCGUAAGCGUUAUCAAAUGGUUUAGGGAGUGAUUCCAAGAAAGGCGGAAAUUAUUACUGAAAUGGCUACAGCGAGUUUUUGUGAUCCUUGCACUAAGGCUAAUUUAUCAGUAUCAGCAACAAAGUAUUGCUCCGACUGUGAAGAGCGACUGUGCCCAGCGUGCGUUGAGUCACAUGCCCGUUUCAAGGCAUUCACAUCUCAUCAUGUUAUCGAUUUGUCAUCUAUCGAUUUUAAUAUCCCUGUAUCAGCAAAAAAAAUAUGCGACGUUCAUCCAGAUAUUCUUUUGGAUUACUACUGCACAGAUCACGAGCUCGUUUGCUGUAGAGCCUGCAUUCCUAAAGACCACAGGAAAUGUGAAAAAGUUCUGCCAUUGGAGCAUGCCUCGAAAGAUGUAAAAAAGUCGGCACUAUUCACGGACGUUAUGCAGGAUAUAAAGCAUCUCAUUACAACUUUGACAAAUGUACAGGAUAACAGAGAAUCAAACUUACAACGACUUUCUAAAACCAGAUCAGUUAUAACCAAACAAAUCAGUGAAGUUAAAUCCAGAUUAUUGAAACAAAUAGAUGAUUUAGAACGCGAUCUUCAAACUGAACUGUCUUCUCUUCAACGGAAAUAUGAGACCGAAAUUAACAUGCAUAAAGAAGAAAUAACAAAGAUUCUAAACAGCUUAAAAACAAAACAGAAAGAAGUUGAUUUUUUGAAAGAUCAUGGAUCAAAUAAUCAGAUUUUUCACGCGUUACACCAACAGGUAUCAAGUAUCAAAAGCGCGGAGGUAAACGUCCAGAAGAUCGUAUCUAAUUCACAUGAAAUUGACAUAGCCUUCGAUGAAAAGAAAGAUAUAAGGAUUGAUUUGUUUGGACAACUCUCCGAGACCGUUACGCCUUGUAAAAUUCAAUACAAUUCAAAGAAAAUUCAGCAGGCCCAAAUCAUGAUAGAACAAAUAAAAUGCAUUGUCAAGUUUGAAAAGGAUACGGAAUUAAAGCUCAAAGCUGGGUUAAAAAGUAUUUACGAUCUGUCGAUCACAGUCAACAAUAAGCUGCUCCUGACUAGUUGGUCAGAUUCUACACUGUAUAUCUACAGAGACUGCAAUAUUUAUGAGACAGAGAUAAUACUUUCUUCUAAACCUUUUGGUGUGGUUGUGAUACCCGGUACAGACAGGGCUAGUGUUACCCUUCCUCACGAGGAUUCUAUUCAAUUCAUCAAUACGACAAAGAUGACAAAGGAUGGUAAAGUUGACGUUGGAUUUAUAUGUUAUGGCAUUACUGCUCAGCGUGAGAGAGUUUACGUUGGUGGUAUGAAUGGUACUAUCAAAACAUUAGACACAAAUGGUAACAUUCUUAAAACAAUUAAACUAGGAUCGGGGAAUAUUGACUUUCUGGCAUACGACGAUAGUCAAGAACAGUUUUUUGUUAGAGGUCAUAACAAACUCCAAUGUAUUAAAUUAGAUGGAACACUAGUUUACAGUAAGGACGUAUCAGGUACAGCGGGAGUAAUGCGUGAUCGACAGGGAAAUAUUUAUUACGGUGGUAAUCUUGCCAACAACAUAGAGAGAAUGUCAUCAGACGGGGAGAACAGUGAAGAAAUGCUGAACAAAGACAAUGGUAUCUUACGUCCGUAUGGAAUGUGUUUUAAUAAUGACUUCACAAAACUGUUUGUUAUUAAUAACAGUUACACGUCCGUGUUUGUAUACAACUGUAGAUAUUGAUUAUUUACCAUUAGUGGUGUGUACAUAUAUACUGAUUAAAAUGAUGGAGCAUUACACAUAUAGUUUGAUGUUUCCUUUUUUUAAGUCGUGCAACAAUAUAUAUCAAUAC